AUGCAGUUCCGGCCGCCAGGCGGUUUUGUUCGUUUGUCCGCCCCCCCUGCACUUACCUCUCUCCUCGCUGGCCGCGUCUUCCGGGCCCCGCCCUCCUCACUGACAGCCGAUGCGUCAGGUUCCCAGGUGAAAAGCUUCACUUCAUUAUGGUUCACCUCUGAGCCGUUAGACGUGGUCACCAUGAGGGGGAGUUACGUGGUUUUAAACUGUUCGGCAGCCUCGGAUCGAGGGUCUCCGACCAUCAAGUGGAAAAAGGAUGGCGUUUACCUGAACCUUGCCAUAGACGACCGAAGACAACAGCUGCCCAAUGGAUCUCUUAUAAUACAGACUGUGGUACAUUCCAGACAUCACCGGCCGGACGAAGGUUCCUACCAGUGCGAGGCAUCUGUGGAGGGUAUUGGUGCAAUUAUCAGUCGGACGGCUAAAGUAUUGGUGGCUGGUCCGCUGAGGUUCCUGUCCCAGACGGAAUCGGUCACGUCUUUCCUGGGCGAUACAGUUUUACUGAAGUGUGAAAUAGUUGGUGAGCCCAUGCCCACUAUACACUGGCAGAAGAAUCAAGAAGACCUGGUGCUGAUUCCUGGUGAUACCCGUGUGCUGGUUCUGCCUUCAGGUACACUUCAGAUAAGUCGGCUUCAAGCAGGAGAUGCUGGACUCUACAGAUGCUUGGCCAAAAACCCCGGUAGCUCCAGGACGGGGAAUGAGGCUGAAAUUCGCCUUUUAUCCGAAUCCGGCUUACACCGACAACAAAUCUUUCUGCAAAGACCUUCCAACGUAGCUGUUGUGGAAGGACAGGACGCCGUCCUCGAGUGUGCUGUCUCUGGGUACCCGACGCCAACCGUCUUCUGGAUGCAUGGGGAGGAAUUCAUCCUGACAAGGACGAGGAAAUACUCGCUGCUGGGAGGCAGUAAUCUGCUGAUUUCCAAUGUAACAGAGGACGAUGCUGGGGUGUACACCUGCGUGGUCACCUACAAGAAUGAAAACAGCACCGCCGCAGCAGAACUAAGCGUCCUGGUGCCGCCGCGAUUUCUAAACCACCCAGCCAACCUAUACGCCUACGAAAGCAUGGAUAUCGAGUUUGAAUGCACUGUCACUGGAAAGCCAGCUCCGACCAUCCAGUGGAUCAAGAAUGGAGAAGUAGUUAUUCCCAGUGACUACUUCCAGAUAGUGAGUGGCAGUAAUCUCAGGAUAUUAGGUCUUGUGAAGUCGGAUGAAGGUUAUUAUCAGUGUAUCGCUGAGAAUGAGGCUGGGACCGCUGAGACAUAUGCACAACUCCUCAUCCCUGAACCCGCUGUACCCAGCUCCAGUGUCCUCCCCUCUGCUCCCCGCGAUGUGGCCCCUGUCUUGGUCUCUAGUCGAUUUGUACGUCUCAGCUGGCGACCCCCCGUGGACACCAGAGGGAAUAUACAAGCCUACACCGUCUACUACUCCAAGGACGGACAACACAGGGAACGGGCCUUGAACACAACACAGUCGGUAGCCUUGCAGCUAACAGUGGGGAACCUAAAACCAGAGGAGACCUAUUCUUUCCGAAUUGUCGCCUACAAUGAAUGGGGGCCAGGGGAGAGCUCACAGCCUGUUAAAGUUUCAACACAGCCAGAACUACAAGUGCCAGGACCAGUAGAAAAUCUUCAGGUGGUCUCUACAUCUCCUACAUCAAUUCUGAUUUCCUGGGAACCGCCAGCUUACGCGAACGGCCCUGUUCAAGGCUACAGAGUUCUGUGUACAGAAACUAUUUCAGGAAGAGAACAGAACAUCGAAGUUGAUGGACUUUCUUACAGACUUGAAGGCCUUCGGAAGUUUACAGAAUACAGUAUAAGAGUUCUGGCCUACAAUCGUUACGGCCCUGGGGUCUCAACAGAAGAACACGCAAUCAUGACCUUAUCAGAUGUACCAAGCGCCAUGCCUCAGAAUGUCUCCUUAGAAGUGGUGAACUCCAGGAGUAUAAAAGUGAGCUGGUUACCACCCCCCUCAGGAACGCAGAAUGGAUUUAUUUCCGGGUACAAAAUCCGCCACAGAAAAACCACCCGACGGGGGGAGCUGGAGACAAUAGAGCCCAAUAACCUUUGGUACCUGUUCACAGGUCUCGAGAAGGGCAGUCAAUACAGUUUUCAAAUCUCUGCAAUGACAGUUAAUGGAACUGGACCUUCAUCUGAUUGGUACACAACAGAAACACCAGAAAAUGAUCUUGAUGAAUCCCAGGUGCCAGACCAGCCCAGUUCUCUUCAUGUCAGACCACUCACUACCAGCAUCAUUAUGAGUUGGACACCACCACUGAACCCCAACAUCGUGGUGCGGGGGUACAUCAUUGGCUACGGCGUCGGGAGCCCUUAUGCUGAGACGGUGCGGGUAGACAGCAAGCAGCGAUAUUAUUCCAUUGAGAAUUUGGAACCAAGCUCCCAUUAUGUAAUUUCUCUGAAAGCUUUUAAUAACGCUGGCGAAGGUGUUCCUCUUUAUGAAAGUGCAACAACCCGAUCGCAAACCGACCCCCUGGAUCCCUCAGAAAUUGAGUUUUAUCCUUUUAUUGAUGAUUUCCCCACCUCCGUCCCAGAAAUGUCCACCCCCAUGCUUCCACCAGUAGGUGUUCAGGCAGUGGCGUUAACGCACGAUGCCGUGAGGGUCAGCUGGGCGGAUAACUCUGUCCUAAAGAACCAGAAGACAGCAGAGGUCCGUUUCUACACCAUACGAUGGAGAACUAGCUACUCAACCAGCUCAAAAUACAAGUCUGCCGAUACAACAGCUUUAAGCCACACCGCCACGGGUCUCAAGCCAAACACAAUGUAUGAGUUUUCAGUCAUGGUCACUAAAGGAAGACGAUCGAGCACCUGGAGUAUGACCGCGCACGCCACUACCUAUGAGACAGCUCCAACAUCUGCCCCGAAGGACUUAACAGUUAUCACAAGGGAACGGAAGCCUCGAGCUGUUAUAGUCAGCUGGCAGCCACCAAUCGAAGCCAACGGCAAGAUUACUGCAUAUAUCCUGUUCUAUACCUUGGACAAAAACCUCCAGAUCGAUGACUGGGUCAUGGAGGCGAUCAGCGGCGACAGGCUGACCCACGAGAUCCUCGACCUCAAUUUGGACACCGCUUAUUACUUCCGAAUUCAAGCUCGCAAUGCCAAAGGACUGGGACCCCUCUCCGAUCCCAUACCCUUCAGGACGCCGAAAGUGGAACAUCCUGACAAAAUGGCUAAUGACCAAGGUCGACAUGGUGAUGGAUCAUAUUGGCCAGUGGACACAAACUUAAUUGACAGAAGUAGUCUGAAUGAACCUCCCAUCGGACAGAUGCAUCCGCCGCAUGGUGUCACCCCGCAGAAGAACAGCAAUCUCUUAGUCAUCAUUGUGGUUACUGUCGGAGCAAUCACUAUUUUGGUGGUAGUCAUAGUAGCCGUUAUCUGCACACGGAGGUCGUCAGCACAGCAGAGAAAAAAACGGGCCACACACAGCGCUAGUAAGAGGAAAGGCAGCCAGAAGGAACUUAGGCCUCCAGAUCUUUGGAUCCACCAUGAGGAGAUGGAGAUGAAGAACAUAGAGAAGCCAGCUGGAUCGGAAACUCAGGGCCGUGACUCCCCCCGGCCAAGCUGUCAAGACAUCACGCCUGUUAGCCACAGCCAAUCAGAGUCUCAGCUGGGCAGCAAAAGUUCACAUUCCGGUCCAGAUCCAGAUGAAGUUGGGAGUAACAUUUCCACAUUAGAGCGCUCUCUAGCUGCCAGAAGGGCAACAAGGGCCAAGCUCAUGAUUCCAAUGGAGUCACAGGCCAACAAUCAACCUGUCGUCAGUGCUAUACCGGUUCCCACGCUAGAAAGUGCCCAAUAUCCAGGAAUCCUUCCGUCACCGACCUGUGUCUAUCCGCACCCACAAUUCACACUUCGACCCGUACCCUUCCCUACGCUCUCAGUGGAUAGGGGGUUCGGACCUAGUCGAGCAGUGAAUGAAGCCGCUCAGUCCCAGCAGUCAUCUGUCAUAUCCCACGCACAGCCAGAACAUCCGACCAAUGAGGAUGCUCCCAGCCGGACGAUUCCUACCGCCUGCGUUCGGCCGACACACCCGCUGCGCAGCUUUGCCAAUCCCUUGUUGCCUCCACCAAUGACUGCAAUGGAACCUAAAGUCCCUUACACACCGCUGCUAUCUCAGACAGUGUCAAGCCUACCUAAGCCACAAGUAAAGACGGCAUCGUUGGGGCUGGCAGGGAAAGCAAGAUCCCCACUUCUCCCAGUUUCAGUUCCAACAGCCCCAGAAGUGUCAGAGGAAAGCCACAAACAUACAGAUGACCCAGCCAGUGUAUACGAACAGGACGAUUUAAGUGAACAAAUGGCUAGUCUGGAGGGUUUGAUGAAGCAGCUCAACGCUAUCACAGGCUCCGCCUUCUGAGCUUAGAAUUGGCUCCUUUCGCUGCUGCCGGAGCCUGGAAAAACAUUGCAGAGCAAUGUACUUUUAGCUCCCUUGGCAGCAAGGGGUUAAUGGGACACCUAGGAGCAUUGCAGCAUACCAGUGUAUUAAAUCUCACCAGUGAAAACAUCCACACAGACCACACAGGAAUAACCCGUGGAUUUAUUACAUCGAGAAUCCUCAUG